UCAUGGCUCACAGUUUUAGCCGCAUUGCCUACAGUUUUUACACACAGAAAGCACCUCAUUUGUGUUUUAUUUUUUAGUGUAAUUAUUAAUAAAAUCAAACGAUUAGCAUAGUGUUUAACGGGUUGCUAGUGAAGCCAAUUGAGCGCUGCAGCAAUAAAAUAAAAUGGGCGAACAACCGAUUUUCACUUGCCAAGCGCAUGUGUUUCACAUUGAUCCAAAGACGAAACGCACAUGGAUCACGGCGAGCAUGAAAGCGGUCAACGUGAGCUUCUUCUACGACAGCUCACGGAAUCUGUAUCGCAUCAUCAGCGUCGAGGGCACCAAGGCUGUUAUCAAUUCAACGAUUACGCCUAGCAUGACAUUCACACAGACCUCGCAAAAGUUUGGCCAAUGGAGUGAUGUGCGCGCAAACACUGUCUAUGGAUUGGGCUUCUCCUCCGAAGCGGAGCUCACUAAGUUUGUGGAGAAAUUCCAAGAGGUUAAAGAGGCCACGAAGAAUGCCAUGAAAUCGGCGAAUGGCUCCAAUGCUGUUACGCCCACAACAUCGGCGAAUACAUCUCCGAUUUCUGGACGUGCUGUCGGCGCCAUGCAAAAUGAUAACACAGCCAUCGAUCCACAUACGGUUGAACCUCCCAAUUUGAGUAAUACGAACACACAGAACGCCAAUCCGGAUAGUCCGUCGCACAAGUUGCUCAACACUUGUGAUGGCAAGCAGGAUAUUGGUUCGGCCACGCCCUCGCCACAGCCCACCAUGGGCACAGCAAAUGCUGCAGUUGCUGGUGGCGGCGGUGGUGGAGGAGGUGGCAUCACAAUCUCAUCGGGUGGCAGCAUUGUGGGCAUGCACACUGGUCCAGGCGCGGGUGCUACGGCUGAGCAGCAGCUCAAAUAUGAAAACGAACGUCUGAAAAUGGCCCUGGCGCAAAGCUGCGCCAAUGCCAAGAAGUGGGAAAUUGAGUUGGCCACCUUGAAGAACAAUAACAUACGCCUGACGAGCGCUUUGCAGGAAUCCACGGCCAAUGUGGAUGAAUGGAAGCGUCAGCUGCAUACUUACAAGGAGGAGAAUAUACGUCUUAAGCGCGAAAUGGAUCUGCUGCGAGUGGGUGGAGCUGCUGGUGGUGCCUCAGGCGCUGCUGGUGGGGCUUCUGAGGAUGAGCUGCGUCGCGAGGUGGCCGCUCUCAAGGCGCGUACAGAGACGCUUCAAGCGGAGCUUCUUCAGCAUGAACUAGAGCUUAAAACAGCCAAUAUGAAUUUACGUGAAAAAUGCAAUGAUCAAACUCUGGCCAAGAUGAGUGAACUAAAUGUGCUGUUUGCCAAAAGCUUGUCGGAACUUUAUGCGGUGCAAAAGGAUAUGGAGAAUAUUAUACAUCCCGCCAAGUGCACUUGAGACACAGAGUCGGGUGUAAACAGAAAGGUUUCAGCGCAGGAACAUACUACAAUGGCAACCACUACAACGACAUCAUCGACAACAACCACAACUAGUAAACGUUAUUUAAGCAAUUUUCUAACGGCUGAGGCAGAGAGCACUCUCUCCAAUGUCACCUCUAUACACACUCAGCUGCAGUCGUCGCUCUACGAGACACAGAACUCAGCACAGCUGCAGGCACUGGAUAAACAUUCGGCCCUGUUGCAGGAGCUACAUCAGCGCCAGUUGAUGCAGUCUGUCGUCGUGAUGCCAAGACCCAGCACAUCGGUCACUGAUGCAGCUGCUGCUGCUGCUGCCGCUUCCAGUGGAGCUGCUGUAGCUGCUGCUGGCACCAAAACUGCCACCAUACUCGUUUCCAAAUCAAAAACCAAAACUGGGCUGCCCCUGUUGCUGAAGAAUUCCAUUAACAAUUAGGCAAAAUUCAUGAGCAGACGACACUUAGAUUUUCUUUUUGUAAUCUUUAUAUUUGGUAGUAGUUUAUACAAGAACAAAAACAAAACGAAACGAAACACAUCGCAACUACAAAGCUCCACUCACAUCCUCAGCACCAAAACCAGCCCAAAUCGUAGGUUUAUAUAUGUGUAUGUAUUUUGAAAAUCUUUCGGUAUUAACACCUUUGAGUCGAUCAAGAACAAAACAAAAACGCCCAGUAUUUAUUUAUGUCAUUUCGCAAAAUUUGUAUGCAUUUGUCUGUGUCGUUUGUGUGGUAUUUUUGUAGCAUUUAAGUCGAAAGCAAAUUAUAAAUUCUCGUGCGCAUUUCAGUGCAAUAUACAUUUAUAUAAAAAAAAACAACAUAACAUAACAAUUAUUCAUUGAUAUUAUGAUGAUGUGCUCUAUAUACUUUCUGCUAAUUGUUAAUUAAUUUUUAAUGAGAGCUUGACAAUGUAUACACCCCAUACCCAUCUCCAUUAAUAUUAAUCAUCACCUUUUCGUACCCUAAAAAGGCCUUUCAAAUGGGCAUAACAAACCUUUUUUACAAAACUAAUGAUGACAAUUAUUUUAUAGAAGUGCUCGAAGUUUUCUAGUAUUUUUAAUAUAUAUAUAUAGGUCACCUUUUGGAUAUUUUCAAAAAAAUACCUAGCCAUGUAACUAUUAUUUAUUAUUACCAAU